GUGCUGUCUAAUUAGUGCGCGCACUCUCGCGUAAAGGUGGAAGCUGGUGGACGCUGAGCGGCUCAGAGGAAACUUGUGCAAUGGAAACUUUGGCAGAUAUCGCCAAAUGUCUGUCACAUAGCUGAAAUAAUUUCAAAGUAUAUGGUCCAAACGAACUCUCCCAAUGUCUGACGAAGGAGAAGAAAGCGACAGCGGCGAGAGAGUGCGUCUCUCCGAGUCUCCCUCCCCGCCUCUGUCUCUCGGUCUUCCCCGAGGAUCUCCUUCCUCUCCGCGGCCCCUGAACCUCUUCUCCUCCGCCUCUCCGCUGCUGGGGGACACGGACCCGCCUUACCUCGCCACUCCGGAGUGUCUUCACCCGUCUCCAGAGAACAGGGAACUCGGGGACUCCACACACUUCACACCACCAAAGUUCCGCCGGCGCACCGGGGACACCGGCUCUCCACUUCGGUCUCGGCCGGCUGUGCGGAUAGAGGAGGCGCACGACCACUACGAUGAGCCUUUUUCCAAGUGGAGAGGACGAGGCGCGGCGAACGCUGAUCGCUUUCAGCACCGCGGACAGAGACUCCAGCGGGCUCCGGAGCUCUCGGACUACGGGAACCACCACUCUGUUGAGCACAUAGACACCGACUUCAACUCUGAAACCCGCCAAACGGUGGAGGCCAUGCACCGCCGGCACACCACACUGAGGGAGAAGGGGCGUCGACAGGCAGUGCGGGGUCCAGCCUACAUGUUCAAUGAGCGUGGCUCGCCACUCACUGCAGAGGAGGAGCGUUUUCUGGAUGCUGCUGAAUACGGAAACAUUCCUGUGGUCCGCAAAAUGCUGGAAGAGUCCAAAACCCUGAACUUCAACUGCGUAGACUACAUGGGCCAGAAUGCUUUACAGCUGGCAGUGGGUAAUGAGCACCUAGAAGUGACCGAGCUGCUACUGAAGAAGGAUGGUUUGGCCAGGAUUGGAGAUGGCCUGCUUUUGGCCAUCUCCAAGGGUUAUGUUCGAAUUGUUGAAGCCAUUCUCGGCCAUCCUGCUUUCGGUGGAGGUCUCCGACUGGCUCUGAGCCCUCUGGAGCAGGAGAUGCAUGAUGAUGACUUUUACGCAUACGAUGAGGAUGGAACACGUUUUUCGCAUGACGUCACGCCCGUCAUCCUGGCUGCUCACUGUCAGGAGUACGAGAUUGUCCACAUCCUUUUGACGAAGGGGGCCCGCAUAGAAAGGCCACAUGACUACUUCUGUAAAUGUUCAGAGUGUGUGGAGAAACAGAAGAAAGACUCGUUCAGCCAUUCUCGGUCCAGGAUGAAUGCGUAUAAGGGCCUGGCCAGCGCAGCCUACCUGUCACUCAGCAGUGAAGACCCUGUGCUCACCGCCCUCGAGCUCAGCAACGAGUUGGCAAGACUGGCAAACAUCGAGACAGAGUUUAAGAAUGACUACCGCAAGCUGUCCAUGCAGUGUAAGGACUUUGUGGUGGGUGUGUUGGACCUCUGUCGGAACACAGAGGAAGUUGAGGCCAUAUUGAACGGCGAUGUGGAUCAGUGUCCACCGAGCCCCUACAACCGACCCUGCCUCAGCCGCGUCAAACUGGCCAUCAAGUACGAAGUCAAGAAGUUUGUUGCCCAUCCAAAUUGCCAGCAGCAGCUGCUAACUAUCUGGUACGAGAACCUGCCUGGCCUGAGGCAGCAGUCCGUCGGGGUGAAGUGCUGGACAGUUCUCGGGGUGACAGUAGGGCUGCCCUUCCUGGCUAUCGCCUACUGGAUAAUGCCGUGUAGCAAGCUUGGUCAGAUCCUGCGAAGCCCCUUCAUGAAAUUUGUAGCUCACGCCGUCUCCUUCACCAUCUUCCUGGGUCUGCUGGUUGUCAAUGCUUCUGACCGCUUUGAGGGUGUCAAGAACCUGCCGAACGAGACCAUCACUGAUCAUCCUCGACAGGUGUUCAGGGUCAAAACCACCCAGUUCUCUUGGACGGAGAUGCUGAUCAUGAAGUGGGUGCUUGGUAUGAUUUGGUCAGAAUGCAAGGAGAUCUGGAGCGACGGGCCCAGAGAGUACAUUAUGCACCUUUGGAAUGUUCUGGACUUUGGCAUGUUGUCAAUUUUUGUGGCGUCCUUUACGGCACGCUUCAUGGCUUUUCUUAAAGCAUCUAAAGCCCAGCAGUAUGUGGACAUGCAUGUGCCAGACGAAGACCUCAGCAACGCCUCACUGCCUGACGAAGUGGCCUACUUUACUUAUGCCAGGAACAAGUGGCGCCCAUCUGACCCCCAGAUCAUCUCUGAGGGCCUGUACGCCAUCGCUGUGGUCCUGAGUUUCUCGCGCAUCGCCUACAUCUUGCCAGCCAAUGAGAGCUUUGGCCCACUGCAGAUCUCGCUGGGGCGCACAGUCAAAGACAUCUUCAAGUUCAUGGUCAUCUUCAUCAUGGUGUUUGUGGCCUUCAUGAUCGGCAUGUUCAACCUGUACUCGUACUACCUGGGAGCCAAGUACAAUCCUGCCUUCACCACGGUGGAGGAGAGUUUUAAGACUCUAUUCUGGUCAAUCUUCGGGCUGUCUGAGGUGAUCUCAGUGGUGCUGAAGUACGACCACAAGUUCAUCGAGAACAUCGGUUACGUGCUGUACGGGGUUUACAAUGUCACCAUGGUGGUAGUUCUUCUCAACAUGCUCAUUGCCAUGAUCAACAGCUCGUACCAGGAGAUAGAGGAAGAUGCCGAUGUGGAGUGGAAGUUUGCUCGAGCCAAGUUGUGGCUCUCCUACUUUGAUGAGGGCCGCACCCUCCCUGCCCCCUUCAACCUGGUUCCCAGCCCGAAGUCCUUCUACUACCUGGUCCUCCGUAUAAAAUCCUGCCUGAUUCGCCUCUGCAAAGCCAACAGCCAUCAUCAUAAUGAGCUGGAGAUGGGCAUGCUCAACUCACAGGCCAAAGAUGAACGUUUCAAGUCUUAUGCGCGACCAGGAGAGGAAUUUAUCCAGAGAAAAUCCAGAAAACACCCGACCAGAUAUCAGAACAUCAUGAAACGCCUGAUUAAGCGGUAUGUGCUAAAAGCUCAGGUGGACAGAGAGAGCGAUGAAGUCAAUGAAGGCGAGCUGAAGGAGAUCAAGCAAGACAUUUCCAGCCUCCGCUAUGAGCUCCUGGAGGAGAAGUCCCAGGCCGCUGGUGAGCUGGCUCUGCUCAUCCAGCAACUCGGCGACAAGUUUGGCAAGAACACCAUGAGACACUGACAGGACUCGCAAGAAGGGGAGAGAGGGAAGGAAGGAGGAAUAUGUGAAAGGGGGUGGUGGGGGGCAGAAAGCAGGGUCAAGCCAGGUAUUUUUAAAACUUCAAUAGUACAAGAGGCGAGAAAGAAAGGCAGGAGAGAGGAAGCAGGAUGUUUAUGAGAUUGGACAGGAUGAGUGGAGGAUGGUGGAGGAGAAGCUUGAGAUAAACAAACUGGGCAGCGGGAGGUUUUGCUACCUAAAGGUAAAAGCCGAGUGAUUUGUAUAUGCAGUGACCAAUUAGGGAGAAAUUAGGGAAGAAGAAUGCGACUGCGAUUGAACAUGAGGUGUAAGGCUCAGAGGUGAAGUAAACUCAGCUAGAGGGGCUUUGUGUUGACAGUUCAAUUCUAAUUAAAGGCGGUGUCUUCAGGGAGUGAGAAAGGAGAGGAAGAAAGAGGCUCGCAGGCUGGGUGAGAGGCAGAGGGAGACGAAUGAGAAAGCAAGCACAGUGAGAUAUGAAAAGACACCACAGGGCACAAGACUGAGGCAGCGCAACGAGGAGGACCCUACAUCCACUGCCAAGAGAUAUCAGUGUAUCACCAACUUGGAAGACAGAAAGAGGGAAACCCAGAGAAGGGAGGAUGCAGAGAGAGGCCUGGAAGGGAAGGGGGACAAGUAAGAGAGAUAUCUUUAAAAAAAAACUGUCACUGUUAUUCACACCAGGAAGGCUGGCUUUGCUUCUGUGUCUUCACGGUGAUGCCUGUCCAGAUACUGCACACACCUUUAUACACCAGGCUAUCUAAUUAAAUGCAUUUCCAUCCAUAAUGCACAACUUCUGAUCAGGAGUCAGAGGAUUCAGGAAAAAGCCGGAAAGCAGGAAUUAUGCAGUCAUUUAAGAGUAAAUAAAGAAACUGCUCAAAUAUUUAAAUAUUAUCCUUUCAUCUUAAUGUCACUCAGAGUGUUAUGUGUUGCAGCUCCAUGUGAACUGUCUCCAAGAGGUCUAUGCUACAGGAAAAUGUCUUUGUAGAGUUGCAAAAAGGGGCAAUAAAAUCACUCCAGACAGCAUCUCUUUUACCUCAUUCAUCCUGCUGCAAGUACCGGGUAAAUCUUGAAUAAAAUAUAUAAAUAGGGUAUGCGAAAAGUUGAAUUGGAAGAUUUCACAAGAUCCCGCUCCCUUUAUGUUCAAAAUUUAGGUGCCGCGUGUGUUUGAACAACUUUGAACCAGCGUGUUAAAACGUGACCUAGAUAACUGCUGUGUAUAGUCACUUCUUCUUUGUGCCUUUGCAGCACUAAGGGUCUCUAAAAUAGUCACCAAAAAUGACACAUCCUCGAGGAGUUGUGUUUUCAGCAGUAAAAUCCAGGAGGUCAGUGUUUAGGUGAUGCACAUGAAGGUAGCUAAACUGUUCUGCCUAAUUGCUUUAGGGCAGCCAGAUUUUUGUGAGAUGAGAAAGUCUCAGAGAUGCAGAGAUACAUUUAUGAAAGCACUGGUUUGGCAGUAAAACUGGGAUUCUGCUGCAGACGCUGUGUGGAGUCAUUCUAUGGUCUGUUUUUUUUUUCUUCUUUUAUUCAGAGACCUAUUUGACACACUGCUGCACAAACGAAAGUAUUGUCUUAUACUUCACCAGAGACCAAUUAAAAUUUGAGAAAAGGGUGAUCCUUAACAAAGCACAGUUUGAUAAACUGCUAAUUUUCCACUAAUAACUGAGGUCUUUUUUCUUGUGCAGAGAGGAAACCUUGACCACCUGUUUACACCAAACAAAGUACAGAUACAAUUAGGGUGCUAAACAUUCUGUUGAGCUGUCGUAUCAGCAACCUUAUCCAUCUUUCAUGUGACUGCAGCCCACCAUUGGAUUUGAAAGCAACAAAUUCACUUUAAUCUGUCAUUUAGAUUCAGUCAGAUCCCCAAACCUAAACCUAUUCAGGAUUUUAACAACCUGAAUUAGAUUUUAAUAUAUGAAUAGAAUGCUUUGGCCCUCUAUUUACUUCAUACUUGAUCCCUAAAGUUGAGUGUCUGAUUUGAACAUCCAGAUGCUGGCUGAACCCUGGUGUUUCAGUGUUGACGUUUGAAAAAUUCAUGUUUCAUGAGACGGUUUUGGGAUUUUAAAUUUAAUCAAUAGGCUGGAGAAGUUCCUUCAAGAAUCCUGCAGUGGAUGUAGAAAGCUAGAAUACAUGAUAGAGUCCAUUCCUUCCAAAACUAAAAUGAUAGCACCAAAAAUGACAUAUUAUCAACCUAUAACACCACAUUGAUAGUAUUUUCUUAUUGUGUGGAUGCUACCAAAAGUCAUUAGCUCCCGUAGGGAAGGAUCAGCAGGGGCCUACUGCACCUAUUAACGUGUUUAGAAGGGUGUAAUUUGUUUUGAUGGAUUUUUAAAAAAUCAGUUCUUGUUCAUCUUAUCAUCUUCAUCUUUUAUGGAAAACAAUCUAAAUUUGAAUCUGUAUUUAAUUAGCUAAGAGAACAUUAAAAGCCUAAACUCACAAUAGGUGUGUCAGGCCCACACAUACUUCUUAACGCCAUUAAUGUAGCAUUAGUUAUGCAUCAGAAGGCUUUAAACAUAGUUGAAAAGUUUGUCUUUUAACAGAUAUGAUUUUUCUCAACCUAUAGUGACCAAAUGUGUUUAAGAUACACAAAUGUUAUUUAGAGUUGGGUUUUCAUUUGAAUCAGUAGUUGGACUUGUAUCUUUAUUUAUUCGUAUUAGGUGUGAGAGCUGCUAAUUAUUUUCUGUGUGCAGAACCAGACAAAUAAUGAGAAGACUCCUGAAGAAUGUUUCAUGAUUCCCCACGCUUGGAAAACAAAAUUACCUGAAAUACUGUAUUUUUAAUUUGUACGCAAGAAAUAUUGAUUAAAUUGAAAUCUUGUACUGUAUAUUGUCAUAUUUUUGAUCCUUAAAUUAAACAGAAUAAGCUCUAAA